AUGGCAGAUUCUAGAGAUUUAUUCUUGGUGUGUGAACCUGCAUGGAAAAAGGUACCAGAAAGGAUCGUACGUCAACAUUUUCUGUCUGUCGACGACACCAAGCCUCCAAAAGCCAGUUCAGACCCUGGCGGUCUACAUAUUUGUGUUAUUCCAGAAAUUACAAUUACAGGUGAAGAUGAAACCAACAGUGACUGCAAAGCAGAAGCUUCUGUCAGCCCUCUGAGCACAUACUUCACGCGGCCCCGUUCAAAUACUUGUCCUGAAGAAAUGUUCCAAGCUCGCAAAGGAAGGCCACCAACACCUCCACCAGUAGACGUACAAAAAAUUCGCAAUCACUCUGGUAAACGGUUCUCCUUCAAUUUUACGUCUAAAGAUAUCAACGUCUCCUUUGCUCAUCAUCGGCUAAGUAAAGUAAAAGAGGAGAAGGCAGACCAACAACAACAACGGACCAGUGGCACGUCUAAUGCUUUAUCAUCUGUUUGUGAAGACUCUAAAGAUCAAUACAGUUCCUCCAAAGGUUGCCAGAAUCAAACUGAAAGCAUUAGCAACACAAAGGAUCCUCUUUCCAAAAAGACAACUUGCAACAAGAUUAUUUCUUCUUCCAGUUUUCCGUGCGACUUACAUGGCCAGUUGUCCUCAAUGUCUAAUGAAUGCAGCAGCUCGAAGGCAUUAAAUAAUAAUGAGAUACUUGAAGCUAGCAACCAGGACGAUUCUAUAGUCAGCAAGUGUCCAACAUGA